AUGACCCCACAGCAGUGGACGCUGGCCGUCGGCCUGUCGCUGGCCUCAGACACUUGCAAGACUUUCGGCAGCGGCGUCGUGAAGCCCUUCGAUGGCUCGCACUUCUACGUGUCGUCCGACUGCCCGUUCACCUUCGCCCGCUUCACCCUCAACCGGGUGGAGUGCGACAUCGCCAUCCGGCGAGGGCCGAGGGGGCUGCUGGCUCACGUGGAGAUCAUCAUCAACAAGAUCAAGACCGUCCUGCACGGCGGGGACAUCUCUGUGGAGGGCAACAGCGUUUCUCUCCCCUACGAUCACACCUACCAGCACAUUUUCCGGUACGGCAUCUACACGAGGCUGAGGAGCUCCCUGCUUCCGCUGUCGGUCACCUGGCACGUGCUCCCCGGGGGGAUCGACACUCUGCGGGUGGAGCUGGAGCACGAGCUGAGCGCUGGCGUCGCCGGACUGUGUGGAAAAGACAACCUGGCAGUUCUGCCGACAUGCCCUGGAGAACUAGUUUAUGUGGAGCAGGGUGCUGCCUUUGUUCCUACCUGCUCCAACCCAAACCCCAGGAUCUCCACCCAGGAUCUCACCAGCUCCUGCGUUUGCCCACAUGGUACGGUGCUGAAUGAUCAUGCAGACUCCUACCAGUGUGUGAAGGUGUCCAGCUGUCCCUGUGAGUUCGCUGGUCGGAUGUAUUCAACAGGGGACAUAAGAAACACGAAAUGUCAGUCAUGUGUGUGCCAUGGCGGGAAGUGGAGCUGCUCUGAAAACUUCUGCCCGCCCAAGUGUCUCAUUGAAGGACAGUAUGUGACCACGUUCGAUGGGAAGCAAUACGUUGUUCCUGGUAAAUGUACAUACAUGGCCUCAGAGAGCACCGACUGGAUGGUCACGAUAGUGUAUUCUAAAAAAGAAGCUUCCCUGAAAAUGGUUACUCUCCAGCUGUAUCAGGAAACAUUUACAUUUGCACACAACAUGGUGAAAUUUGGAGAGCAGGACAUUACCGAUCUCCAUCAGUCAGAUCAUGCGCUGGUUUUCUGGCAGUCCUCGAUGUAUGUUCAGGUCCAAACAUCUUUUGGCAUGAAGCUCCAAGUCCAGGUGUUUCCUGAAGUCCAGGUUUACAUCACACCGCCGUCAAAUCACACAGCCAUGAUCUCAGGUCUGUGCGGCAACAGUAACGGUGACACCACCGACGACUUCACGACCAGCAGCGGGAUCGUGGAGAACUCAGCUCAGGCGUUCGCCCUCUCCUGGAGUGUGGGCCCGUGUCCCGUCAACAUUCCCCCCACCUGCAUCAACACCGACAACGAAAUAUAUGCAGAUGAGAAGUGCUCUAUGUUGAACAACCCGGCUGGGAUAUUUGCCGAGUGCCAUGAGCAUAUCCCGACCGAUCAAUACCACACAGCUUGCAUCCAAAGAACCUGCAACUGCGGCAGCAAUCUGCACCAGUGCUUAUGCGUUGCUCUGAGCAGCUACGCCAACGCCUGCGCCCGACUGGGGGUCCAGGUCAAAGACUGGAGGAAGGCGACGAAUUGCACUCUCCAGUGUCCGAAAAACAUGCAGUUCUCCUACCAGACGGCGGCCUGCAAUCGCACCUGUCGCUCUCUGUCCGGGCCUGAUCCCUGCUGCGGGUUGGAGGACGACCCCGUGGAGGGCUGCGGAUGUCCAGAGGGAACCCACCUGAACCAGGGACAGACCUGCAGCCCGAAGGCGGAGUGUGUGUGUCACCACCACGGCGGCACCACACCGCCAGGGCCCGUGGUUAUAGAUGGCCGACAGUGCAUCUGUGAGAACGGAGAACUGCGCUGUUCCAAGGAUUGUGGUUGUCGUAAUGGAAAGGUGUGUUUUCACUGCUCUGAAUAUCCGGUUAACACGGCUCUGAAAACCUGCGACAGUCUCAGCAAACCCCUGGGAGCCAACGUGACCUGUGAGAGUGGCUGCUACUGCCCUCACGGUCAGUUUGAGGAUCAUCGUGGAAACUGUGUUCCCAGGGAGAGCUGCACUUGUGUGUUCAGCGGCAAGAUAUUCAGCCCGGGACAGCAAGUCAAGACAAACUGUAAAACAUGCGUGUGUGGGGCGGGACAGUGGCGCUGCGAAGACGAGCCGUGUCCUGGAACGUGUCAGGUUUACGGUAACGGGCAGUACCAGACCUUCGACUCUAAGUGGUAUCGCUUCAAUGGACACUGUCAGUACACGCUUGUAGAGGAUUACUGUGGAAAAACAAGUGGGACUUUUUCAGUCAGUGUUGAAAGCGUUCCUUGUUGUGACGAGGCACUGACUUGUUCUCGCUCCAUCGUCCUAAAUCUGCAGGAUGAAGUCAGCCUGAUACUGAGCGACAUGAGGGUGACCAAGAAGGUCAACAAAGGCUGGACACUGAAUCCAGACUCACUCUACACCAUACACACCGUGGGGCUCUAUAUCCUGAUCUCGGUGCCAAGCAGGGGGAUAACGCUGAUUUGGGACAAGCACACCAGGAUCACUGUUGAACUGCAUUCAUUCUGGAGGAACAGAGUCUGUGGCCUCUGUGGGAAUUUCGACUCCAAUGAGAUGAAUGAUCUGCACAUGGCUGGCUCCGCGGUCGUGUCCGGUCCGCUGGCGUUUGGCAACAGCUGGAAAGCCGACACGCCUCCUUGUUCUGACGUGACCUCUGAGAUAUUCCCGUGUGAACGCCACUCGUACUGCUCAGCCUGGGCCCAGCGGCGCUGUCUGAUCCUCACCGGGGACACCUUCAGGGAAUGCCACUUAAAAGUGGAUCCGCAGCCCUACUACCAUGCCUGUGUGCAGGAGUCCUGCUCCUGUGAGUUCGAAGGGAAGUUCCUGGGCUUCUGCACAUCUGUGGCGGCGUAUGCAGAGGCCUGCAGCGACCAGGACAUCUGCAUCGAUUGGAGGACGCCAGAUUUGUGUCCGGUAUACUGUGACUACUACAACGAGCAGGGUCAGUGCAGCUGGCACUAUGAAGCCUGUGGCAAGAUGAUGACCUGCAGCACAGGAAACUACUUGACUCACAGGCUGGAAGGCUGCUACCCUAGAUGUCCAAAAGAGGCGCCGUAUUUUGAUGAGAACACUGGAAAAUGCAGCCCGUUAACCAACUGCACAUGUCUUUACAACGAGGUUGUUGUUCAGCCUGAUGAGGACGUGAAAAUAAGCGACAUGGAAUGCAGCACCCCUUACCACUGCCUUUACUCCAACAGUGCCUCCACCCACAACCACCCCAGCAACCACUUUACCAACAACCACGCCCAGUACAAUGACUUCAACUACCAGAGAAACAACUGUACUUUCAACUACAACCACACCAAUCGCAACUACUUCAACUACCAGGGAAACAACUACGCUUUCAACUACAACCACACCAACUUCUACCAUCGCUACAAACUGGCCAACUUCCACCAGUCCUCCACCCAUGACAACUACUUCAACUACCAGGGAAACAACUGUGCUCUCAACUACAACCACACCAAUCGCAACUACUUCAACUACCAAAGAAACAACUACGCUCUCAACUACAACCACACCAACGACAACGAUCGCAACUUCUACCACCGACGGGCCAACUUCCACCACUGCUCCACCCACGAUGACUACCUCAACUACCAGAGAAACAACUGUACUUUCAACUACAACCACACCAAUCGCAACCACUUCAACUACCAAAGAAACAACUACGCUUUCAACUACAACCACACCAACGACAACGAUCGCAACUUCUACCACCGACGGGCCAACUUCCACCACUGCUCCACCCACGAUAACUACCUCAACUACCAGAGAAACAACUUUGUGCCAACCACACCACCAGAAUGUAAAUGCAAAGACCUAAAGAGGAAGAAAAGCUGGCACUGUGGUGAGAAAUGGACAGAGGACUGCUUCGUGAAAAAAUGCAUAAAUGACAAGAUUGAGUUGACUCCAGUGGAUUGUCCUGAAACCACGAUUCCCACCUGCCCCAGAGGUCAAGCUACAAAGGUCUCAGAUGGAUGCUGUGAAACAUGGAAAUGUGACUGUCAGUGUGAGCUGUACGGUGAUCCCCACUAUAUUUCUUUCCAAGGAGUAGCGUUUGAUUUCCUUGAUGACUGCACCUACACUCUUGUUGAAGAGCGAUUGCCACAACAUAAUCUGACCAUUGUGGUGGAUAACUUUUACUGUAUUGCCGGCCUGGAUGGCUCCUGCGCUAAAGGCAUCGUACUGAGAUAUCAGAACAGCAUAGCUUCACUCAGUAUUAGUCCAAAAAAGUUUGCAGUGCAGGCCACUUUGAACAAUGUGACCAUCGAGCCGCCGUAUGAAGAGCAUGGCUUUAGAUUUGAGACCACAGGGUACCAGGUCUCACUUUAUCUCCCAGAGAUCCGCUCUUACGUCUCCCUGACACCGUCUUACACCGUGGUGGUCAAUCUGGCCAUGGAGCACUUUGUCAAUAACACCCAGGGACAAUGUGGUGUGUGUGGUGGUCCAUCAUGUGUACGGAAAGGAGGGCAAAUUGAAGACGACGACUGCUGUGAUAAAACGUCUUAUGACUGGGUGUAUCCUGACCAUUCCAAGCCACAGUGUGCUUCUGCACCCAGAGACGUACCUUGUGUUCCCAGUUCAACGUCAGAACCCCCUUACACACCUAGAUCCCCCACCGCCUGCCCUCCGAACCCUCUGUGUGACCUGCUGCAGCAUCCGGUGUUUGAAAACUGUAGCACAGUUGUCAAUCUGAACCUGAAGAAGAAGAACUGCGAGUUUGAUUCGUGCAGAUCUCCAAAUGUGUCGUGCUCGUCUCUGGAACAAGCUGCUGAGGAGUGCAAGAAAGCUGGUUUCUGUAUCGACUGGAGAACGCUCACUAACGGACGCUGUGAUGUAUCGUGCCCAGAAGGACUGAUUUACAAAUACUGCUCGGAUACGCUGGAUGAUUUCUGCUAUGGAGGUGCAGUCCAUGAAGGGGCUCAGAUUGAAAAGAGAGAAGGUUGCUUCUGCCCCAGCGGCCUGCGCAGGGCAGCAAAUCACUCUCAGCUGUGUGUGGCUGAAUGUAUCUAUUGUAAAGGACCAAAGGGAGAGCCCAAACUACCCGGUGAGGUUUGGGAGUCCAACUGCAUGCUGUGUACCUGUAACAACCGGACUAGGAGCGAAGAGUGUGUUCUGAAGCCUCCUGGACCGGUCCCUCAGUGUCCUCCGGGCACGGUUCUGGUCAACGACGGGUGCUGUGGGGGACAGACUUGUGUUGAAAAAAACUGCACUUAUAAUGGGAAGACCUACAAGGUGGGAGACCGAUGGAGAGACGCUGCACGUCCAUGCAAGUCAUUCAGCUGCAGCACAGACGGCAUUGAGACUGAAACUAAAGUCUGUCCCCAUGAGAACUGCCCACAGGAGGAGAGAAUCUGGGAUGAUGAACACUGCUCCUUCACAUGCAAUAACGUCUGCGCUCCCAAAAUGUCCAACAUCAGUGUCACCAUAGAAAACUGCACCACUGUUGUAGAGAUGCCUGUGUGUCGGGGGCAGUGUGAGUCUGAGCCCAGACUGGUGCUGUUCGGUGACCUGCAGAUCGAGCAGCCCAGUAACUGCUGUCGGGAGAAGAGCUCUGAGAGGAGGUCGGUGACCCUGCACUGCCUCGACCUCUCCACCAGGCACUACACCUACAAGCACCUCACCGCCUGUGAAUGCAGAGCCUGUAAGAUGUGGCACUGA